AUGUUGGGAACUGUUUCGGCAAUGAUUCUAAAGAAAACAGCCGUUUAUGAGUGGCAUGAACGCUUCAAAAGUGAUCGUGAGUCUGUCGAGGAUGACGAACGCAGUGGCAGGCCGUCGACAUCGAAAACCGACGAAAACAUCAAUAAAGUGAGAGAAAUGUUGAUCAAUAACCGCAAAUUAACUAUCAGAGAGUUGGCAGAAGACUUAAACAUUGCUUAUGGAUCCAUUCAGGACAUUGUAGUUAAUGGUUUGGGUUUGCGCCGUGUUGCUGCAAAGUUGGUCCCGAAGGAACUGAAUUUCAUGCAAAAAAGGGACCGCGUUGUCAUCGCCAAAGACAUGAUUUCUAAGGCUAAAUCCGACCCAACAUUCAUCAAACGCAUCAUUACUGGAGACGAGACGUGGGUUUAUGAGAACGACACGCAAUCCAGACAUCAGGCGAGUGAACAAAAAGCUUCAAAUGAACCAAGACCAAAAAAACCACGUCGUUUUCAAUCGAAAAAUAAAGCGAUGCUCACGGUUUUCAUGGAUUACAAUGGUAUUGUACAUCACGAAUUUUUACCAGAAGGUCAGACAGUUAAUAACUUAGUAGUAGAGUAUUAUUAG